UGAUCAUUUUCUUCAAAAGUCCCUUUCUUUUUUUUCAUUUCACAAAUUUUCUCCAACAGGAUAUUCAUACAAACGUUAACUAUUGGUCACAGUACCCAGAUAUAUUUUUUCCAAUUCAUGUGAACCACAUACCACCAUCCUCCAAAACCACCACUAGAUAAGGGGUUAUAGAUAAGGCCUAACCAUUCUUAUCCGUCAGAUGGAUUCACGCACUUCAUCCAACGGUUACCAAACCCUCACUUAGAUAACCCCUGAACAACCAUCCAACUCUAUACAUCAACAACUAAAUUCAUACUUGAACCCACACUUAUCCUACGACAAACCGGAGCACAGUAGCCUCCAUCACCGACAGUCAUGGCAUCCACCACAGCUGCGGCCGCCGCCACGUCUUCUUUCAUGGGAACCCGUCUCCCGGAACUGCAUUCCAGUUCUGGUCGAGUCACGGCCCGGUUUUCCUUCGGAAAGAAGAAAGCAGCACCUAAGAAAGUGUCCAAAUCCGUCACAUCCGAUCGGCCGUUAUGGUAUCCAGGUGCAAAAGCGCCGGAGUAUCUAGAUGGAAGCCUGGUUGGGGACUACGGAUUUGACCCAUUUGGUCUAGGUAAACCCGCUGAGUAUCUUCAGUUUGAUUUGGACUCAUUGGAUCAAAACUUGGCUAAGAACUUGGCUGGGGACGUGAUCGGAACCAGGUUCGAGAAUGAGGACGUGAAGUCGACUCCUUUCCAACCAUACACUGAGGUGUUUGGGCUUCAGAGGUUCAGGGAGUGCGAGCUGAUACACGGGAGAUGGGCUAUGUUGGCUACCCUUGGGGCGCUCGUUGUUGAAUCGGUUACUGGUGUUACAUGGCAAGACGCUGGAAAGGUGGAACUAAUCGAUGGUUCAUCUUAUUUUGGACAACCAUUACCAUUCUCUAUCACUACUUUGAUUUGGAUCGAGGUUUUGGUUAUCGGAUACAUUGAGUUUCAAAGGAACGCUGAACUCGAACCUGAGAAAAGACUCUACCCAGGUGGUCCAUUCGAUCCAUUGAACUUGGCAGCUGACCCUGAAAAGAAAGCUAUUCUCCAAUUGGCGGAGAUCAAGCAUGCUCGUCUUGCUAUGGUGGCGUUUCUUGGGUUUGCUGUCCAAGCUGCAGCCACCGGAAAGGGCCCGCUCAACAACUGGGUAACCCAUUUGAGUGACCCGCUUCACACUACCAUUCUUGAUACCUUUGGGUUCUUUUCCUAGAUCUAUUUUGUUUUAAUUACUAUCUCUACAUAUGAUACUUAUGCAUCCUCGUCUUUACUAUGACCUUGUAAAGUUUGUAACAUUUGGCUGUUUGAGUAUUAUCACCUAUUCUUGUGCAAAUGCAGUUAAUUUACGUAAUGUGGUCUGGCCACGAUUGUGAAUGAUUCAAGCAACUACAGCUCGCUUUCUCUUGAAAUAGUACUUCAAAGUUUUUUUUGGGUGGGGGAGUAAUAGGUUUGAGCUAAAAAUUCGUGAUCAAUUGAAAACUAUACACAACUGUGAAUGAGAGGCACCAAAGGCUUGGCCGUGUGUUGCAUUAGAGAAGAAAACUACUAACACAAUAAAUUCACC